AUGACUAUUGCCACGAGUAUGCCGGCCCCAUACAACGCCAACACCACCACGACUGAGCUGGUCACCGACUAUGCAAGCUUGAUCAAAGGCAAGGUGAUUCUAACAACAGGUGUAACACUGGGCUCACUAGGUUACGCCUUCGUCCAAUCUAUUGCCAAGGCCAACCCUGCAUGUCUGAUCCUCGCCGGCCGUAAUUUGACCAAACUCGACCAAUGCGGUGAAGAUCUCAAAGCUGAAAAUCCAGGCUUGAACGUCAUCACGGUGAAGGUCGACUUGGGCUCUUUGGUCAGUGUUCGCAAUGCUGCAGAGCAUAUCAAUGCCAAUACGCAGAUCCCGGCUAUAGAUGUUCUGGUCAACAAUGCUGGUAUCAUGGCUGUGGAUUAUGCUCUCUCAGCCGACGGGAUCGAGUCCCACCUUGCGACGAAUCAUCUCGGCCCGUUCUUAUUCACCAACUUGAUUAUGGGCAAGAUCCUACAAUCGGAGAGUCCUAGGAUCGUGAUGGUCAGUAGUGAUGGGCAUCGGUUAAGCCCGAUCCGGUUUGACGACUAUAACUUCGAUAACGGCAAAACCUAUAACAAAUGGGUCGCCUAUGGCCAAUCCAAAACAGCGAAUAUGCUCAUGGCACUUUCGCUCUCAUCCAAGCUGGGUACCAAAUAUGGCUUGCUGGCGUUUAGCCUACAUCCGGGAGUCAUCGCCACCAAUUUGGGUGGUCACCUGGACUGGAGUGUGGAUGUGGGACUGCAAUCCAUUGAUAGACAGCAGGGCCACCACGAGGGAUGGAGUGAAUUCAAGUGGAAGUCUUUGGAGCACGGUGCUGCUACUCAUGUCUACGCAGCGUUUGACCGUGCUUUGAAAGCUCACAAUGGUGCUUAUCUUGUUGACUCGCAUGUUGCGGAUCCAUUGGUUGAUACUUUGAAAUCGUGGGCGAUUAGCAGUUUUGAGGCAGAAAGGUUGUGGAAGAUGAGUGAAGAGUUGGUGGGUCAGGAGUUUACCUAUUAG